AUGAAAUUUGGCUUCAUUCCAUCAUUGCCCGACAAACAAUCGCCUAUGUGCGUUGUAUGCAACAGUUUUGCUAUGAAACCAUCUAAACUGCAAGAUUAUCUGAGAAGAUGCCACCCUGAUAAAACAGAGAAAGAUUUGAAAUACUUUCAAACACUCAAAGAUAAAUUUCAGAAGAGACCUACACUGGACAGAAUGUUCGCUUCGACGUCACAAAGAAAUGAUGAUGGUUUGCGGGCGUCUUGCAAUAUCUCGUUACUUAUAGUAAAAUCCGGAAAACCGCAAACUAUCGGAGAGAAGUUAAUUUUGCCAGCCGUUGAAGAGGUUUUAAAAACUGUUUUACACAAACCUGCAUCUGAUAUCAUUAAAAGAAUUCCCUUAAGCAACAAUACUGUUGAAAGACGUAUUGAUGAAAUGAGUUCUGAUAUUGAAAGCUUCUUAAGUAAUUAUUUGCAAACGACCCAUUUCUCUAUACAACUGGACGAGUCAACUUUACCUGAUAAUGCAGAAUUAUUAUUGGCAUAUGUUUGUUUUAUUAUGAAUCAAGAAAUCUACGAAGAACUGCUCUUCGCAAGAACUUUGAUAACCGACACUAAAGGUGAAUAUUUGACAAGAUUUUUUGCACUUUUUGAGACUAUUUUAGAAUUUCUGGAUACUAAAGAUAAAAUUUUAAAAGAAAAUUUAAUGAAGAGGAAAACAGACAUCGCCUAUUUAACAGAUUUGUUUACAAAAUUUAAUAUGGUUAAUUUGCAAUUACAAGGCGACAGUUUAAAUUUGAUUAAAACAAUGUCCAUCUUAUCAGCGAUUCUUGCCAGAGUUAAACUAAUGAAGCAAGAUAUUGAACGGGGCGAAUUUUCUCAGUUCCCCAAUUUGUCACAGACAAGCUGCAAGGAAGACGACGUUUCUACUUACGUUCAACAUUUAAAUGCCCUCUAUUCAGAUUUUGAAUCUAGGUUUGAGGAUAUUUUGACUAUGGUAAUACCACCGUGGAUAAUUAAUCCAUAUGGUGACAUAGAAGAAACGAAUGUCAUAAUACAAGAGGAACUGACUGAACUAAGUACAAACGAAGAACUUAAGGUUCAGUUUAAAAACGGAUAUCAGCAAUUCUGGAUGCAAAACAACAUACCCGUUACUUAUCCCGUAUUAUGGAAUAUAGCGAGGACAUUUUUAAUUUCCUUUCCAUCGUCAUACCUAGUGGAAAGGGGGUUCAGCGCUGUUACCAAUCUCCUAACGAAAAAAAGAAACAGACUGGACAUCAUUCGCCGAGGAGAUUUAGGAUUAACCCUUACAAAAUUGACGUCAAAUGUUGAUAAUUUAUUAUUAAAGCAUCAGGUUCAUCCUUCUUACUAA